UUAUGCAACCACUGCCACACCUGCGCUUGAUUAGUUAAAGUGAAGUGAAUUUAUACGGUCACAUUAACCGCAUGCAAACUACCCUCACCGUACUCGUAACACUGCCACUCCCCCGACAAACUCCACCGAUUUGCUACCCUUUAUUGGUUGUGCUGCUCCACUUCUCAAGCAUUAGAUGGCAAGCAUUUCCAGCCGCCCCACAGAAGCCCAAACGGAACAGUUUGCCAAAUCUAAUUUGCCAGUCACGUUUGGUUGACUUUUGUCAUAUAAAAAUCAUUUGCAUAUUCACCGAACCGGCCAGUAUGGAUUGCUGCUCACUAUCGGGCGCAAGUGGUCCUGCCCUAACGGUUGGUUUUGUGCUGAUUUACCUUGUUGCACCGAGAUGACAUACUCACGUCCUGUACUGCCAGGCUGCGCGGUGCUGUACGCACUCGUUGCGCUCGGUCUUCCGCUGGGAAAGUACGCUGCCGGAAGCUAUCUGCGCGACGUCGAACUGAUCGGACCAUCGUCGCUACAGCUCGAGCACAACACCGUCUACUACUAUCCCAGCUACGUCAGGGGUAAAGAUCCGGUGGAAGAAUACAACGCGCGUCGAUUGCACGUGGACACGGGCAACUUUAUGGAGCAGGAGGACGAUCAGCUCGAGGAGGGUGAGAAGACGCUACAUAGAAGCCAACAGCAGCAGAAGGCACCCGUCGCUGAUGCGGAUUGUUGUUCGAAAGCGAAACGAAAGCGGAAGUAUACGCGUGGACGUGCGCAUCAAUCCAAACAGCGCGCACCGGAUCCGAUGCGCGUGGUCGAUGCGCAGACGGAUCAUGAGUAUAAUUAUUUAAAAAUUCGCAAAGCAGCCGCGGGGGUGCCACGGUACGUGCGGGACGAUGUGGAGCUGUUCGAUAUUGUGCGGCCAGAAAAGCGGACCAAGGAAAAGCGUCCAAUUAGGCGCAGAACACGAACGGUCGUCGGUGAUGGUGGCAAUGGUGAGCGUCGGUACGAAGAAUCCGAUCCACAAGUGUUUGCUUACGAACGGUCGGAUGUGGAACCGAUCGAGAGGGGAGUAUCUAACCAGCCCGGGAAACAGGAGGAUAGUCAAUACUUUCAAUACGCUGAAGUGUUCGGUGAUGGCUCAUUCACUGCCGGCGCAAGGCGAGGCAACGAUCAGCACUACGUCGAACAGCUCGAACGCGGCUCGCACGGUAUCGGGGUGUUUCAGAAAAAAGUUAAAUGGGCCGACAAGAGCGGUGGCUUCGGCGAACACUACUGGGACCUGAACCACAUCCAGCCGAGCGGCGUUUCCCACCGAUAGACGGGCGCGCGCAGAACACCCCGUACAGAUUAAGGCCACGGCGCGGAGGGGUCAAUAAAAAUGCAACCUCCCCAGCGGACAAAUGUCAAGAGCAUGUCUUGAGCACGCGAAUCCGACUUCGAUCCGAGCAACUCCCCGAGGUGCCCUUUUUUCUCCCAUUGCUGGAAAGAAUUGCGCGCCGUAGAUCACCGGCGAGAUGUGGCUGGCGUGAAUGAUUUAUUUGGCAAAUAAAUAUUUAAAAGAGCAUGAUUGAGGUGACGUUUGUGAGCGAACUGUGUGUGCGCCAGCCGGAGCCAAACGAUGCCUUUCGUGGUAAUGAUCUACUGGUUCGUUGAGGUAGUCCAAACGAUGCUGGAGUGUAUUUGUUACCUGCGCGUUAUGUUGCUUAGGCUGUAACAUUAGGCGAAUUAAUAUGCAACCAAUAUUACCAAUAAUGUUUUAAGCAAUAUGAUGUAAGC